AUGGCUAAGUCUACUACUAAAAAAGAAUCCAAGAAAGAUUUGAAAUUGACUAAGAAGGAAGAAUCUUCUUCUUCUUCUUCUUCUUCCUCCUCUUCUUCUUCAUCCGCCGAAGAAUCUUCUUCCUCUUCAUCCUCUUCUUCUGAAUCUGAAUCUGAAGAUGAAGACAAGUCUUCUUCAUCCUCUUCAUCUUCUGAAUCUGAUUCUUCAUCUGAUGAAUCUGAAGAUGAAAAGAAGGAAGAAAAGAAGGAAGUAAAGAAGGAAGAAAAGAAGGAAGAAUCUUCAUCUGACUCUUCAUCUUCAUCUUCUGAAUCUGAAGAAGAAGAAAAAAAGAAGAAAUCAUCUUCCUCUUCUGAUGAAUCCUCUUCUGAUGAAUCCUCUUCUGACGAAUCAUCCUCUGAUGAAGAAGAAAAAGAAGAAGCUAAGGACUCCAAGAAACGUAAAUUGGAAGAAUCUGAAGAAUCUGAAGAAUCUGAAGAAUCUGAAAAAGAAUCUAAGAAAUCUAAGACUGAAGAUUCUAACGAUGGUGAAACUGCUACUAUUUUCGUCGGUAGAUUAUCUUGGUCUGUUGAUGAUGAAUGGUUAAAGAAUGAAUUUGAACAUAUCGGUGAUGUCAUUGGUGCUAGAGUUAUCUAUGAAAGAGGUACUGACAGAUCUCGUGGUUACGGUUACGUUGACUUCUCCAGCAAGAGUGCUGCUGAAAGAGCUGUUAAGGAAAUGCACGGUAAGCAAAUUGAUGGUAGAGAAAUUAACUGUGAUAUGUCUACUAGUAAACCAGCUGGUGGUAACGGUGGUGAUCGUGCUAAGAAGUUCGGUGAUGUUCCAUCUCAACCAUCUGACACCUUAUUCUUGGGUAACCUAUCUUUCAAUGCUGACAGAGAUCAAAUUUAUGAAUUGUUUAGCAAACACGGUGAAAUUAUUUCUGUCCGUUUACCAACUCAUCCUGAAACUGAACAACCAAAGGGUUUCGGUUACGUUCAAUACGGUAACGUUAAUGAUGCUCAAAGUGCUUUAGAUGCUUUACAAGGUGAAUACAUUGACAACAGACCAGUCAGAUUAGAUUUCUCCACUCCAAAGCCAAACAAUGGUGGUGACAGAGGUGGCAGAGGUGACAGAGGUGGCUUUAGAGGUGGCAGAGGUGACAGAGGUGGCUUUAGAGGUGACAGAGGUGGCUUUAGAGGUGACAGAGGUGGCAGAGGUGGUAACAGAGGUGGUAGAGGUGGUUUCAGACCAUCCGGUUCUGGUGCCAACACUGCUCCAUUAGGUAGACAAAGAAACACUGCUUCUUUCUCUGGCCAAAAGAAGACCUUCGAUUAA